GGUGACCCGGCCGGCGUCCCAAGAUGGCGGCGGCGGCAGCACCCGGGAGGCCGCGGUACCGUCCGGGCUGCUGAGAGGGUUCCUGCGCGGCUGGCGGCGGACGGGCCGGGCCGAGGGCCGGCGAACAGGCGGUCGCCGCCUCUACGCGCCCCGCGACCGGGGCUGGGCCGUGCGGCGGCGGCGCCGAGGAAUGCCCGUACUGGGCCUGGCCUGUCCCUCCUCAACUUAGGGCGGCGGCGGGCGCGGCGGGCCCGCGCCCAGGCUCCCGAGCCAUGGCGCUAAGGGAGCUCAAAGUGUGUCUGCUGGGGGAUACAGGUGUGGGUAAAUCCAGCAUCGUGUGGCGGUUCGUGGAAGACAGUUUCGACCCGAACAUCAACCCAACGAUAGGGGCGUCUUUUAUGACCAAGACUGUCCAGUACCAAAAUGAGCUACAUAAAUUCCUAAUCUGGGAUACGGCUGGACAAGAACGAUUCCGUGCCUUAGCGCCCAUGUACUACCGGGGGUCGGCCGCGGCUAUAAUCGUUUAUGAUAUCACAAAAGAAGAGACGUUUUCCACAUUAAAGAAUUGGGUAAAAGAGCUCCGCCAGCACGGCCCACCUAAUAUUGUGGUCGCCAUUGCAGGAAAUAAGUGUGAUCUUAUCGAUGUCAGAGAAGUCAUGGAGAGGGACGCUAAGGACUACGCUGACUCCAUCCAUGCAAUUUUUGUAGAGACCAGCGCCAAAAAUGCGAUAAACAUCAAUGAACUCUUUAUAGAAAUUAGUCGAAGAAUUCCAUCUACUGACUCCAGCCCGCCAUGUGGCGGGAAGGGCUUCAAACUCCGAAGGCAGCCUUCAGAGCCGAAGCGAGGCUGCUGCUGACUGAGCCUCCGCCUCUCAGACCCCGCGGCGAAGUAGGUGGUCCUGAAAGCUGGCCGGGGGCUGGGGGCCCGCCACCAGGCUUCGCCGAGCCGGUCUGGGGUCUUCUUCGUGCAAAAAAGAGGCACAGAAAUUGAUCAGUCUUUUCCUCUUGGAAGACUGCAGCAGUAAUAUUUCAGUCUGCGGACCUGGGUUAUGUAAAGACUCUCUGCCUACAAAGGGGCUCCAUCACUGGCUGUUGACCUUGCAGAAAGGAACAUGUAAUUGUAUGGAUGGUAGGAUCAAAUUGUUGAGUAGUUUUGUAAUCAAGAUUUUAUGUAACAUUUUGUAAAGGGAAAAUGAGCACUUUGUGGUUCUUGAGGGAAAGAAGACCUCGUGGAGGUCAUAACUUCCUUGGUUCCCCGUUACCACUGUUCGGGGGGUGGCAUCAUUUACAGUGGGGCGGGGUGCUGGUGAGUGGAGGGAUGGCGGUUAUUAUCUGAAGGUAGAACGGGCUAUUUAUAGGACUGAUGGAAGUGAUCCCCCCCUCCCCGCCGUGCCCAGCGCGCUUGCCAUUGCGUGCAUUUGCCCAGAUGCCUGCGGCGAGCUCCCGGCUCCAACAGCCGUGGCUCGUCCGAGGUGUGACCCUGCUGUGUGUGUCCCCAGACUCAUCCCUGGCACCGUUUGUAAUCUCUCGUGAUCAGGAUGGUGGUGGUGGAGAAGCUGCCUGGAAUAAAUUGAGUUGCCUAUGUUGAAACUGACCAACUGGUUUAAAAGUGAGGAAAAAGAAAGUGAUGUAAAUGCUGUCAAUUUUUUAUUUAACCCAAAUAUUUUGGUGGGGAAAACAAUUACCUGUUGCUUAGCCUAUGUAAAGUUACAGUCUAUAUUUAUGAGACCAUUGCUUAAAAAGUAUAAAUUAUGUAAAUACGUUAAUAAAUUCUAUGUUUCAUUCCAUUGAACCUUGCCCCGUCUUGCAUAUGCCCGCCCCUUUGGCGGCCUGCUCCCCGGAGACCCUUUAGGCACCCUGAUGCGGUGCGGGAGCGUGGAGCCCGCGCUUACCGUCUUUAAAGGUUUCUCGGUCUCCCCUCCCACCA